AUGUUCACAACGGCAGCGCAGCUCCUGGACCUCACCGACAAAAAGUUGAUGGUUGCAUUACGAGACGGGAGGAAGCUCAUUGGCGUGCUGCGAAGCUGGGAUCAGUUUGGAGGACGGUACGGUGCUGCCCGACGCGAGGGUCUGUACGCCGACAUCCCGCGAGGAAUAUUCUUAGUACGCGGCGAAAACGUGCUUCUUCUGGGCGAGAUCGACUUGGACAAGGACGAUGAGCCCCCGGCCGGGUAUGACUUGGCGGAGGUGGAGCUCGUGCAAAAGUUGGCCAAGGAGAAGAAGGAGGCGGAGAAGGCCAAGAGUAAGGUCAGGAUCGGGAAGCUGAACAAGAUUGGCUUCGAGGGUGAGCACAUGGGUGACAUCCUGCUUUAA